AUGGAUUAUAAUAUAGAAGUUCUUCUGGAACAGUAUUAUUCUACGGAUUAUACUGCCACGAAGAAACUGAUAGAGUUUAAAGAGCAAGAUCCCGUUGCUUUUGUGAUAGCAUUAAUAAAUCACCUUGGAUCUCCCUCAAAUCCAGAAAUAACACGAAAAGUAUGUGCAGUUUUCCUUUACAAAGAAAUUGUUCCCAAGGACUUGAACGCUCUGAGAAAAUUUGUCGAUUAUUGGUUCCAAUUUGAUCAUUCUGUGCACGAGAACCUCAGGGUUGCUGCUACAAACGCAAUAUUUGAGGGUUCUCCUGAUCUUACGCAACAAGCUUCCAUACUAUUAGGCGUUUUUUAUGCAGUUGAAAUUUCAAAAAAUCAAUAUAUCGAUCAAUUUAAUGAAUUAAUACAAAUUGCUUCAGACAACCACUCAGAGAAUACUAGAAAUGCCGCCCUGAUGACUAUAGAGUAUUUUGUAGAGAAUAUUGUCACUUUAAGUUCAUCGGGGUUUAAUUCGCAAAUAACAAUGCUGUAUAAUUUAGUUCUUUCGAUAUUUAACCUAUUUCUCAAUAUAAUGCGCAAUCCAGAUUCCCCUGCAACCCUCAAAAUCGUUGUCAAUGCUUUUGUUAACGCAACUUCGUUCUUUUAUAGAGUAUUCUCAUUUCAACAGUCGAAGCUCGACUUUAUACGCGUUGUUUUCGAUUACACUCAGCACGAAGACUUAGUUUUAGAUGGAUAUAGAAUUUUACAGAAAUUAUACGAGAAUUAUUUCUCAUUAUUCGAGGAAUACAUGGAAAAUAUUUUUACAAUCACGCAAUCGGACAUGGAAUCCGAAAAUGAAAACAGAAUUAUCGAAUCUUGCACUCUUUGGCAAAUUAUUGCCAAAGUUGAGAAGAGCAAACAAAAAAAAUACAAUGCUAACGAUAGAUUAUACUCACGCCAUGCGUUUGCUUCCUUCUUUGAGCCUCUGGCGACAAUAAUUGCUUCAUUCGACCCUCUCGAGAUAGAUUCCGACCUAGAGAACGAUCCAGGAAGCGCCGCCUUCAACUGUCUGCUGGCUCUGUCGCAGGCAGUGGGCGAAGAUUGCUUGGAACCUCUGAUUAAUUUUGUGAAAGAAAAUAUCUCAGAUCCGGACUGGCGUUUGAGGUAUGCAGCGGCUUUUUUCCUUCUUUGCUCGUCUAGAAUGGACUGUUUCAUCGAUACAAAUACGAUUUUGGAGACAUUCCAAGUUUUCGUGUCUCUCCUUGACGAUCCGAACUCGGCCAUAGUCAACAUCGCAAUGUGGUCGCUCGGUGUAAUGUGCGAACAGAUCCCUGACCUCUCGCAAGACGAAGAAAGAUUCGUAUUGAUAUUAACGAAGGUCACAAACGUCAUGGAGAGCUCGCAGGCACUAUAUACAAGAAGUUGCUGGCUGCUUGGCAACGUUUUCGGGAAUUUUUCGCCGGAGGAAGAAUCUACGAUUUUGGCCGCGAACUUCGACACCCUGGCAGAAAUUUUCCUUAGGACAGCCACGCACUUUGGGCAGGAAAGCAUCGCCGCAGCUUACGGAGCAAUUAAUCGGCUCAUCGCGCAAACACCGAUGUCGCUUGUUGACUCGUACGGUAGUUUGCUCGUUACGAUGAUGAACAACGUUGACCAAUUAAUUUCUUCGGGAGCUAAUUCCAAGGACUCGAUCGCGUUAUUUAUCUGGUUAAUUUCGACGAUACAGGCCACUGUUAUGAAUAUGGGCCAUGCAAUGGUUAACCAUUCUACCCGACUCAUGGAAAUGCUUCUAAACCUUCUUCCAAUGUUGAAUUCUGCAUUGACAGCAGAAAUUCUUCCAGCAAUCGGAGCUAUAGCCCGCGCGAUACAAGGAGACUUCUCUCAGUACUUGGAUGUCGUCAUUGGAAUCAUUUUCCAGCGACUUCCUUCCGCUGAAUUUAUUUCACCAGCAGCAGUUCUCGUUGGCGACAUCUAUUCUUCAUUCGGAUCUCUCGGAGAGAAUAUUGACAUGCAAAUUGUCGACAUGCUCUUCGACGAUAUCCACAGAGAUAUGAUUGCCCAGCAGGACAGGAGCGCAGUCUUCUCAGCUCUCGGAGAAGUUGCUCUUAAGACUGUUCCGCAGUGCCACGCGUGGCUGGAUCGACUUCUUUCGGACCUAGAUCAGGCGAUGCACUCGAUGUACCUCGAAGAAGACCAUUUCCUUGGCAUUCUCAACUGCUACCAGUCGAUCGUUCCUAUUUUGGCCGAUAUCCCUGGAGGCGACAAAUGUGUUCACAAAUUUUACAAAGUUUUCGAACAGAUUUUCACAUUUGACGUCGUAGAUGGAAAUGUCCUGUACGAGGGAGUUCUCCUUCUCGAGGGAAUUAUCAAGAAAUUCGGAAGAAGAGUCAAUGUAAUGCUUAAUAGACCGUAUGUAAGAAAAUUGUUAGAUGUAUCGAUCAAUUCGGAUAAGCCGUUCUUGACAGAAGCUGCAGGAACUGUUUUGCAAGAGAUCGAAAAAUUAUAA